CUGUAAACUUCAACGAAGAUUUGAGCUUCUGUUUUCAGAAUGGUCACUAUGUCUCUUGAUGCCUCCCUUUAAUUCUUGGCCUUCCACUCUUGGACAUUUCUCACAGAACAGUUGAACUCUGGAACUCUUGCGUGAUAAACGCCUUGCGCUCCAGAGCUCUUUUCCUUUCAUCGAUCAGUUCGUCAGCCCCCUCUACUCUUGGUGCAACCACCGGAAAGCGUAGAGCUGCUGUAGAAGCCGGUAGGAAUAUGGAUCAACUACCGGAAUAAUUUAGGGUUAAAGUUCAUAGUUAUUUGUUAGUUUCCGGUGGUUGAUCUUUUCCGGUGGUAAACCCAAGAGUAGUCUCAUGGAUUCAAGUUUGCUCAGAAACCAAGCAAGCAUACAACCGCUCCACUUUAGCCGAGCUCCCUCAAGCAAGGCAUUCAACUUACUUGUUGUGUUGCAGGCUUGGUUCGCUUCAGCCAUUCCUCCUCCAAUACUAUAAGAUAGAUUCCAACGCACAAUGGCAGCACCGGGCCGCGGCGUGACCAACAUGGGUCUCGCCUUUGCGGCGCAACAAGCGAAACUCGCGAAAUUGACGGCGGAUAUGGACCAUGAUUUGGAAGAUCUGGGAGGCGAAUUGGAAAAGUUCAAUGACAGUUUCCAAGCCACCACGGGCGUGUUGAGUCCGCAUUUGGCGCCCGAUGCCGAUCAGACGGAACUGAAAGAGACGGAAAAAGUAUUGGAAAAGUACUACCACGAAGCGGAAAAGAAGGAAAUUCGCAAGGAAAUCGAACAGCAACGACAGAUGGAAAAGGAGAUUGAAUUGCAGGCCAGAGUGCAACAAGUAGCCGUGACGGAGGACGAAGAAGAAUACUAUAGCGAUGAGGAGGAAUACAGCGACGAGGAGGAGUACAGCGAUGAAGAGGAUUACAGCGAUGAGGCAUCGAUUGAUUCGGACGAUGACUACUCGGAAUCGUCGGAAGAGGAUGACGAAGGUUCCUAUUCGUCCGACGACGAAGAAGGGUCGUCUUCUUCUGUGGAAUCUGACUAUGACGACGACGAAGGGAGCUAUUCCGACGAAUCGUCCGAAGGCGAUUCCGACAGCAGCGGCAGUUUCUCGAGUAGUGAAGAAUCCGCCGAGCCUCCGCCACCUGCACAACCAUCGCCUCCUCCACUAUCGCCCAAGAAAAAGGGCAAGAGCAAGGAAAAGGAAGUCGAGCCUCCACCAUCCCCUCCCAAGCUAUCCAAGUCCAAAUCCAAAGAGGUCAAACACAAAGAUGUCGUCAAGGAGAAGGACAAGCCAAAAGACAAAUCCAAAGACGACAAAAAGCACAAAGAAAAGGACAAAGAGAAGGACAAAGGGAAGGACAAAUCAAAAGACGACAAAUCAAAAGACGACAAACCACCAAAAGAAAAAAAAGACAAAAAGAAAAAGAAAGACAAGAGCGAAAAGUCUUCUUCUUCUGACAAGGACAAGAAGAAAAAGAAAAAGAAGAAACGAGACAAAGACAAGGAUGGAGACAAGAAGAAAAAGAAAAAAUCAAAGUCCAAGGAUGACAGUGAUGAUGGUGAAAAGAAGAAGAAAAAGAAGACGAAAUCCAAAUCAAAGGACGAUGGAGAGAAGAAAAAGAAAUCCAAAACAAAAAAGUCCAAGGACGAUGGCGAAAAGAAAAAGAAAAAGUCCAAGUCAAAGAGUGGUGACAAGGGCAAGAAAAAGCACGAUGAAGAUGGCAAGGAACGAAAGAAAAAGCCAAAGGACUUGAAGAAAAAAGACAAGGAGGGUGCCACAGCAAAGACAAAGACAAAAUCAAAGGAUCUGGCACACAAAAAGCCAAAGCAAACCGUCAAGGUCAAGGUAUCAAAGAAGACAGCCGACAACAAGAAAAAGGGCGACUCUGGCGGAGGCGCUGGAGGAGAAGGAGAAAAACGUACUCUAUUUGGGUUCCUACGACGAAAAAAAUAAAGAGUUGGAACAGAUCGAAUCGACGCAUGAUCCAUAUCAAUCGUGAUGGCAUCAUAACUGACGUCCAUCGUCAAUCGAUACUGCAAGAAUUGCUGCCUCGUCAAGCCAAUGAGAUGAAGGAUUCGGGAGCUUAAGUGUCCUCGAGUCAGGCAAACUGUUGGUUUUGACAAGCACCCUGCCUUGAACGCCCAAGGUACUACGGUAGCUAGUAGUACAAGCUAAGAAACUACGUGUACGAAGAGGCGAUUGAUUUGUUUCUCGUUCCUCCUACUGAAAGCGCGUCCCUAGCUAAGAUAUCCCUACUAGCUACGAUAGGCUAGCUAGAUAAACGAAACUCCAAAUCCCAGCAAGUAAGUGGAAGUAAGUUAGGAUCCUGUAGCAACGUUGCCUGGAUAUACAUACUGUACUGAACUGUACUGAACUGCUAGCUACCGUAGCUAGUUGUGAACCGACUUGGACAAGUUUCGCUCCGAGUUUCGCCGAUGUGACUUGGAGGACAGACGCGGGUCCGAGUUGCUUUUCUUCAUCGUCCGUUGCCUGUCUUUGCGCCAACUCUUCCAGUCAAAAAUGUCCGUCUUGGCGAAUAGGUCGCUGUUGUCCCAUGAUUGCGCACGUCGGAAUCCCUUUUUAUUUUGGGACGGAAUCGGUGGUGGCUUUUUCUUGCUGUUAAGUCCUCGCUCCGAUUGUGUUCGUUUGAUACUCUCUCUUCGCUUGUUGUUGCUGUUGCUGCUCGUCGACUGAUCAUCACUGUCGUCGUUCCACUUUUCCGAAUGUGAUUUAGUCAACCGAUUCGUAAACCCACUUCGACGCUUGUCGCGUUGCCACUUUUUCCAAGACGCAGUAUUAUUACUCUUGUCCUUGUUGUUCACUGGCGAUUUGGAAUGGGACCGUCGCGGUGAUAAACUACUAGUAGACGACUUUCGCUGACUACUCCUUUUAUUGGUGGAGGACCGAGAAUGAUCCGAGGCCGUUUGUAGAUCCUCGUUUUCAAACGCAAAUUCCCCUUCCUCGUCGUAGUCGUCACCGAUGGAUGUCAAGCUUCUCAUGGAUUCCUCCAUUUCCUCCCACUCAUCGAGCUUGGCCAGUACAGAGCCCUCGUCGAAAUUGGCC